AAAGUUUCAACACUUGGGAUUAUAGAGUAGAGAACUGUUAUGUUAACAAAACACCUAAACUAUCUUGACCAGGCAUUGCAUGAAUACUACUUUUUGAAUGGGCAUGCUAACACCCAUUAAUGCAUGGCCAUGACGCUCUCGAUCAAUACACUUGCGGUCUUCUAGUUCACAGCACACACACAGAAGGACAGAGGGAUUAGAUGGACGCCAAGGGCGGCGAGGAUCGCCAAGCGCAGCAAAAGGAGACCAAGGAGGCCAAUAACUUCACCUUGGAUCGAGUGCGAAGCGAGGCGGCCAAGCAGGCAUGGAUAAUCUUCCCUCUGGCGGGAUUCAACGUCGUGCUCAUCGCCGUCCAGCUCGUCUCCAUCAUGUUCGUCGGUCACCUCGGAACUCUGGAGCUCUCCAGCGCCGCCAUCGCCACUUCUCUCUGCAACGUCUCGGGUUUCAGCCUCGUGAUCGGCCUCGCCUUUGCUCUCGACACUCUGUGCGGCCAAGCCCAUGGAGCCAAGCAGUAUCACAAGGUCGGCGUCUUCAUCCAGCAAGCGGUGCUCGUUCUCGCUCUCAUCUGUAUCCCAGUGUCGCUGCUCUGGAUCAACUUGGAGCCUUUGCUUCUCUGGUGCCGCCAGGAUCCGGAGAUUUCCGCCGGAGCUCAGAGGUAUGCCAGACGUCUUGUUCCAGGCCUGUUUGCCUACACCGUCUUUGAGCCCAUGGUGAAGUUCUUCCAGACGCAGAGCAGGGUUCUUCCUCUCUUUUGGUCGUCCAUCUUGGCGCUACUCUGUCAUAUCCUCCUGUGUUGGAUCUUCACAUAUAAACUCGGCAUGGGAAACGCCGGGGCCGCGGUGUCUCUCAGUAUCACGUACUGGCUGCUUGUCUUCUUUCUUGUCACUGCCGCUGCGGCUUCUCCAACGUUUGCCAAUUACUGGCAUGGUUUCACCACGGAGGCCUUCCAUGGCAUCUCCCAGUUCUUGAAGCUCGCAAUUCCAUCGGCUCUCAUGGUCUGCUUGGAGUGGUGGGCUUUCGAAGUUCUCAUUCUGUUCUCCGGUGUUCUUCCGAAUCCGGCGCUCCAGACGUCAGUGCUCUCUAUUGUGAUGGGAAUUAUCAACCUCUGGAUGAUCCCCUCGUAUGGGAUAAGCGCUGCUACGAGCGUGAGAACUUCCAACGAGCUCGGAGCUGGGAACCCACUCGUAGCACGUUUUGCUUUCAGAGUAGCAGUGCUCAUUUGUUUAGUCUACGCAACCUUGGCAAUGCUGGUUUUGCUGCUCUCCAGGAACGUCGUGGGACACGCCUUUAGCAGCGACAGCCAAGUUGUGUCCUACGUUGGAAGGAUGAUACCGUUUGCGAGCGGUUUCGUCAUCCUUUCAGCCCUCCACAGCGUUGGUUAUGGAGUCGCUUCCGGAUGUGGAUGGCAAUCCAUAGCAGCACUUGGAAACAUUGGAGCGUAUUACGUUGUGGGGUUGCCUUUAUCGUAUGUGCUGGGAUUUGUCUUUCAUCUUCGAGUAGAGGGACUGCUCUCCGGAUCGUUGUUUGGAUUUCUCGUACAAGCUCUCGUGUUUUUCGUCGCUGCCUUCAGCACAAACUGGGAAAAAAGAGCGCUCCAAGCAAGAGAUCGACUGGGUUUAUCGGCACCACUCCUGGAAGAUCAAGUAUAGAAAUAUACACAAGUUUUAUCAAUUUAAAAUGAUUUUUAAA